AUGGUGCAGCACAGCUUUCGAAAGCUGCCUAGUAAGGCGCUGCGGGCGCUCGCACGCCCGCCCGCCGCCUCCGCACGCCCACCCGGCGCCGACCGCGACCACCCGGCGACGCUCGGACAUGUGGGCUCCUAUCCAUCCAGUGAUUCCUCCGGCUCCCCUCCCCCUCCCCACUCCGUUUCCGUUGCCGAAGCUCAAUUCUACUAUGCCGGUCUCUCUCCGUCUCCCCCGAAGCUCGUCUACCGUACGGGGCUGUUGAAGAGGCCAUGGACCAAGCCGACAGGAUUCGAGGCUUAUCGCAGGCUGAAGCGGGCUCGUGGCGUGUUUGGCCAUAGACUCAACGACGUCUGGGAGCAUUGGACAUCUAUCGAUGUUGCUCGUUUCAUCACCGAUGGAGAAGGAAGCAAGAAGAUCACUGGGCCUGUCGUGAUCUGGAUUGGCGUUUGUCCCGAUUCGCUUCAGGGAGAACAAGCGUUCAGCUUGGGUAACCAGAUCAUAGAGCUUCUCGAGAGUUUUGGCAUCGACGAUGUCGACACCGAGUUUCGCGAGUCCAUCUACCGGCAGCUGGGCGGUCCACCGCUUCUUUGUCCUGUUUCCAGCCUCCAUCACACAGUAGAUGUUCGCGAGCCCCUUACUCCUGCUCUCGGACUGUCCAUCUCUGCCUCCGACAGGCAAGACGCCCAGGGCACCAUGGGCCUCUACUUCGCCGAGGGCGGCACAAGCAGCAAAGUCCUAGGUCUUACGUGUAACCAUGUCCUAUCUGGAGCGGACACCACCAGCGACACAUCUAUCCUCACAAACGCCUCCGAUGCACCACGCAAGCAUGUCCAGCUGCUUGGGACUGAGGCUUUCAACGCACUCCUUAGCAACAUCAAAAUCUGCAUCGGUCACCGCGCGAUCAUGUUGGAGAUGCAACAGGACCAGAUCCAGCACCUGGAGGAGAGAUUGGCUGGUGGCGCUGAUGGCGCCGACGACAACGUUGCAGCGGUGGAGGAAAAGUUGAGGCAGACCCGGGCCCUGUUGGAGACCACGGUCAAGGCGAUCGAGGCGCUCGAGAACUUCUAUGCUGAGGUUCAGAAGGACUGGAGCCUGCCCGAGCAGCGCAUCAUAGGCCACGUCCGCCCCACCCCCAGCCGCGUAACUUCAGACAUUGGCCCCAAAGGCUUCACUGAAGACUGGGCUGCAGUUGAACUUGACGGUGGAAAGUUCGAGAAGGCGUUCAAAGGCAAUGUUAUCGAUCUCGGUACAACGAUCCCUCGUCACGUCUUCACCCGGAAGAUGUCCCCCCGACACAACGGCCUGAGGCGGACGGUUUUCAAGUACCCCUUCGAUCGUCUCCUUCCGCUCCGCGAGAUCCUCAGCGAGGACACCAUCCGCUGCCCCACCAUGCCCGACCCUGAUAUUGAGCCUUACCUUCUCGUCAUCAAGAACGGGCACGGUACGGGCGUCACCAUCGGAUGCGCGACGGGACCCUUUUCAUUUGUUCGUGACGCUACCACUGGCGAGGAAUCUAGGGCGUGGGCGAUCUACAACUACGAUACGGACAUGGAGUCCAAUGUCUUCUCUGCCCCCGGCGACUCUGGGUCCGUGAUCGUCGACGACUGUGGUCGCAUCGGGGGGCUUCUUACGGGAGGCACCGGCAUCACCCCAACCUCCGAUGUCACCUAUGCGACCCCGAUGUUUUGGCUGUGGCCUCGCAUCAAGACCCAUUUUCCUGGUGCCGGCCUGAACCCCACCACCAUCGACACCUAG